AUGGAAUCAUUCAAACUCCUCAGGCGUCGCACGGCCGAGAUCAUGAACUCCCUGCCACAUUCUCUCCCGUCACUGGCCGGCUCCGGCAGCCACGGCAUGAAGGGAACGUGGGAGAAGAUCCAAGUCCCACCGCUCCCCCGAUCCUCGCACUCGGUAGACAUUGUCGCGGGGACCGUCUAUAUUUUCGGCGGCGAAAUCAAGCCUCGCGAACCCGUCGACAACGACAUGCACUGCGUGACGCUCCCCUCCAGCGGUGCCCAGGCAGACUAUUACACCAUCAAGGCCAAGCCGGCGAGGUCCUCAUCCGAGAAACACGCCGCUCCUGGCAAAGGCCCCGCAACUCCGGAUUUGCCUGACGUCCCCUCUCCGAGGGUCGGCCAUGCGACGGCGGUCAUAGGCCACCGCAUCUUCCUCUUUGGCGGCCGCGGCGGUCCGGACAUGACCCCCCUGGACGAGGGCGGCCGGGUCUGGGUCUUUGACACGCGCACCCAUCUCUGGUCCUAUCUUGACCCUGCCCCGGCCGCGUCGGGUACUGCCACCUCCUCCGUUCCCGUCCCGCCUCCGCGCAGCUAUCACUCGGCCGUGGCCACGCCCAAGCCGGACACCUUCAACAAAGCGGCGCCCGCUCAUCACCAUCAUCAACAUCACCAGUCCGCUGCCGAAUCAUGGCGUGACUGGGCCCUAGGCAGCGACGCCGAGCAGAUGGAGGAGCGGGGCAUCCCGCAGCGGCCCGUGGUGGGCGUCGUGGCGGAGCGCGCGACAGACCGGGAAUCAGACGCCGAAGGGUACGGCACCUUCAUCAUCCACGGCGGGUGCGUGGCCGGCACGCCGAGCCGGACGGCCGAUGUCUGGGCGUUUGACGUGCGCUCGCGCGUGUGGCAGCGGCUCCCCGACGCGCCCGGCGCGGCCCGGGGCGGCACCGCCCUGGCGCUGGGCCGCAGCCGGCUGUACCGUUUCGGCGGGUUCAACGGGCAGUACCAGGAAGGAGGGCAGCUCGAUUUCCUUGAGCUCGGGGUGGAUAGUUUUGAUGAUAAGUUCUCGGCUGGCGAGGUAGUCCUGUGCGCCCGUGGCGGGGGGUGGCAGAGUCUGGUUCAGGGCAAGGAGAAUGUCGGGUACAAGGAGGUAGACGAGGCGGCUAGGCCUGUGCUGGACCGUGAGCACCCGGAGGACGAGUGGCCUGGCAACAGGAGCGUCGCUGGCUUUGAGGCCGUCACGGUCGGCGGCGGCAGGGAGUACCUCGUGCUUAUGUUUGGCGAGCGGGAGGCCUCGGGUGCGGGGCAUGCCGCGGCGGGCAAGUUUUGGGAUGACGUUUGGGCUUUCCAGGUCCCCGCCCAGGGCAUGUCGGCGGCGAGCGUGGCAGAUACCGUGUUCUCGGUUGUGGGGAGGAAGAGCGGCGAGGGUCGGUGGUACAAGGUUGAGAUGGGCCCGCAUGACGACGAGGACGAUGCUUCCGCUGAGGGGCCUGGGCCGAGGGGGUGGAUUGCUACCUCGCCCAUGGGAGAUUUGGAGGAGAACGGGAUUGUGAUCUGGGGUGGGCUGGCGGAGGGGAACCAGCGGCUCGGGGAUGGCUGGAUUCUGAGGUUGGGCUGA